GGGGUUAACAAGAGUUUGGGUGGGUUGUACACAUCACUACAUCCCCGCCAACACUGUCACAUCCCGUUUCAUUGAUCACUUCUGACGCCGCUCUGCUGCAUCGUGCUGAUCAAUGGGCCGCUGCUGCUACUGCUGCUGCUGAUGCUGGAGCGGGCUGAGAGGUCUGACAAGGUUACCACCGGGAGGGAGCGGGGGCGGCGGUGAAAUGAGCCAUUUUGGCUCAACUGUGUCUUGCUGUGAGCGGGACGGAGCUGCGGACCCGCCCCGGGGCCUCAGCGCACCACCCUCGGCCAGGUUUGAGCCAAAAUGUCCCUGCUGCUGCUGCGGCUGGACCGCGGUGCAGGAGCUGGAUGAGUUGCGUCAAGUUGGACAGCGGCAGGUGGAACAAAACCGGAAACGGAGUGUUGUCGCCUUAGAAAUAAGAGCUCGAAUUGAACUUUUUUUUUUUUUUUGUGUGUGUGAAGAAAAUAAUGAAAAAUUUGAAAGAUAAAGAUUAAGAUGAUUGAACCACCGGACAAUACUCAGUUCAAUAACCCACUUAACUGUGCAAUAUCAUCUGUGAUGUACAAUACAGCUUUCAAACACCAUUAUUAUUCAUGUGCAAUACAGCAGUUUUCAUACCUCAUGUAUCCCACCGACUUAUCCUUCAUCUCACACAUUUACACUCAGCGCCUAGUACAUCGCUUGUUCACUUUGUAAAUAUCUCCCUUUCCACUUUUAAUAUUUCUUGCACUUUGUAAAUAUUUCUCCUAUACUUUUAUUCAUCUUUAAUAUAUAAUAUAUACAUUUAAUUUCUUUUUUUGUAUCCUUAUUUUACUGCAUUCCUUCAGUACUAUUGUGACAUAUAGUCAUAGAGCACAUGGGAAAAGAUUGAUAAAAACAAAAAGCUCAGUUAAAAUGGAAUUGAAGGCAAUGUUCAUGUCAUAAGGAACCCAGACAAUACAAGAACCAUGCAACAUAAAAUGAGACCAUGAGGACCAAAAUAAAAAAAAUAAAAUGUUCAAGAAAAAAGAAAAUGCAAUUAAAAGAGGGGGUCAAAAGCGGAGACUGGAUAGUAAAUAUAAAAGGCAAUAUCAACAAUGAUAAUAAAAUAAUAAUAAAAGGUAAUACUGAUAAUAAUCGUAAUAUAAUAGAGCAACAGAAAUGAGCAAAAGAUAAAAGAGUAAAAGGCCUAAGAGGUUAAUAAAGAGUACGAGUGUAACAAAAGCUAAAAGGACAGUAAAGCAAGUCUGUAAAAGUGAGAAUGUUCCCGAACAAGUUUUAGAAAAUUUUGGAAAUUUUAUUUUGUGAAAAUGUCUGCAAAGAACCUUUAUUUCAAACAUUUAAGUCAUGUAAACAAAUUAUCUUCUGCAUCACGUUGACUGUUUUAUUUGGACAGCUCAUUCCAGUUUUUAAAUAGGAGUAUUUGUCUGCUAAUAAACUUACAAAAAUCUGUUUAAAAACAUAAUUCGUCAAAUUAUAAAGUUAUUUUUUGUAACUGUGCUUUUUCUAACAAAGUAAUAAAAUCAAAACCUCACUAAAUAGAUGAGCUCAAUGUUUCCACAAGGGCUUUUAUUUUGCUAACAGUCAACAGGAAGUAGUGUAAUUCGAUUCUCGUUGUCUUGCCGUUGCUCCUUAUUUUUCCCAAUAAUAAACCUUAGGGGAGGGAUCCUUGAGUUUUGUCGCACAACUACGGUAGACUACAGUCUGUACUUUCCGACUUGCGCUGUUUGAGUUGAGCAGGCAGCGCGGGGUCUACGCGAGGAUACUCGAAAAUAGCUUUCAAAGGCGAUUAGACAUGACGGGCGCUGACGGAGGGGCUCCGCGGGACUCUACGUAAAGAUGAGGAUUCCUCCGGUGAGUGUCUGAAUUUGUUUUCAUGACAUUUUCACUGCUCUUCUGUUGUUGCUCUAAUGUUGCACCCCGCCAUUGCAGCGGCAAGUGUUAACUAAGCUGAAGUCAGUGUGGAUGGGUGUUGUGGUAUUUUCGGGACUCUAUAGCUAGCUUAAACAGUGAGGAGGAAUACCGUGGAGGUGGUGUUACCGUAACACUAUUUUACGUCAAUUACACAACACGUUAACGGCUGAAUUACGGGCUGAACAUUCACUAAAACGCUCGUAGUGCGGCGGGAGGAGAAAAGAUUUUAGGUCUCUUUGAGAAAUAUACCGAGUUAACCAGGGCGGGAAAGCUUUUUUAGUCCCGUUAAACCGUUAACGGUUGGCCGUUAGCCUCACAGCCCACCGAGGCGAUGACGCUGCGUCUGUCCGUCAGAGCAGCAACAUGCUGCCGUCACUCGGCGCGACGCUGCCCGCUGAAGCUACUUCACUCUCCCAAUACAGCAUGAGGCGGAUUUUACGGGUUUAUUCGCAGUUUCUCCAUCACUUAGAGGUGUAUAUAGUCACCAACACGUUCAUUUGACUUGCUGGUGGCUGUUUUGGAAACUUACUCGCGGCCUUUUUUGUUGUAUUUGAUGUUAAAUUUUAGCUAGCUGCCCACGGCGCUGAAGAAGUUCUCAUCUUAUUCACUGUUUCCGAUUCAGCUGCAGAAACCAGGUCCUGAUCCAGAAACACUUUAUCUAGACCUGUUGGAUAUGGAUGACUAUUAGAGCAAGACUAAGGCCCUAGUUAACACAGUUUAAGGUCUAAACCAUUAUUCUCUUAGUCAUAAUGCAAGAAAGGGAGAUUUCACUGCUUUUCACCUCUGAACCACAUUGGACCAGGUCUUGAACCCAACAGGAACACUGGCCUCUCUAGAAUAAAGGGUCUGCAUGUCUGAAAACACAUACAUGAGAGUCUGCAGCUACUCUAGAAUAAUGAAGCAAAGAUCAAAAGAGUCUUGGUGUUGUGGUUCUGGAGUAGGACCUGGUCCAAUGCAGUAUUGUAGUGAUAAACCAGUGAAACUGCCCAAAUGCAAGUGAGAGUUUGACACUGUAUUUGUGAAAGACUGAAGCAUCUCUUUGAAAAUGACGUCUGCAUCCGAGAAGCCCUAGUAAUGUGAUUCUGGAUCAGGACCUGGUCCAUUCAGGUGAUAAAAGGUGUGACUCGACCUGUCUUGCAUAUUUACAAAAAUGCUGCACAUGUCUACAUCUCUGUUUAACCCUAGAACACUAUCGCCGAAUGAUUCUCAUGAUGUUGCGUUUGUCUGAGUAUCAUGGGUCCCUGGGUAGCUUCAGCAUUGCCUUUGACAUCUUUGAAGACAUGUUUGUUUCUCUGAUCCAAAACCUCUGUGAGAUAGUCUAGUCCAUAUCUGGGAAGUCUUGGCGUAGCGGUUUUGGAUCAGGACCUUUUCCCCUUUUGAAACUGGAUCGUAAGUAAUGAAUAAGACGCUAACUUCAGCGUCAUUAGCAGCUUUGCUCACACAACUAACCCAAAGUUCUUGUGCAAACACACCUUCACCUGUGCGGUUCUGUUGCUGUUUUUAACGCGUGAAUCUGCAGGAUAACAACACAGAGUAGUUUCCCAUGUGUUUAACCGCCAUGCCCGUGAGUGUUAUUCACCUCUGAGGCUGUGUUUGGCUUGUAGGCAGCGAGCACAGCCACGGUGCCACUUAAUGGUUACAUAAUCCAAGCUAAUGGUCAUCUAUUUGCUCAUGAGAGUCGGUUUGGUGAGGUGAUGUCUUUUGCAUUUACCUCAUCAUUUGGUCCCAGGGCUUUUAUUGAAGCGCUGGAAGGUGGAUUUAUGCAGCCCAGCCCGGUGCCACCUUGAAUAGUCAUCAUCAGCGAGGAAAAGAAAAGAGAAAGCCAGAUUAUUUUACACACAAGUGUUACAUUCACAUCUCUGGAAAAGCUUACACUUUUUAACACGUGUAAUUUUCUUGUCUGGUUUUACUCAAGUCUGGAUAUUUGAUGAGGAUUUUUCUUUUUUUUUUUUACAAACGGCAGAAGAAUUAGUCAUCUUGCAGCAUCUUCAAGCAGAGUUAAAACUCAAGGGGCCUGAUCGAGUAGACUGAUUCCAACAGGCUCCCAUGUGAAGGCGAGCUCUCAUGUGUGCAGAGACUUCCCAGAUGUAGGUUACUGUAUGCUUUCAGAAAGUAUUAGUCUCCGUCUGAUCGCAGCCAGCCGCCUGUCUCCUUUUGCAGUUUUCCUCCUGUCUUGAUCAAAACACAAGGACGAAAGGAGGAUCGUAACAGCUUUUGACACUCGCUGUGAAGCAGAGCAGCUCUUUGUUUCAGGAGGACAGCUAUUCUCUUCUUUACCUUUUCGUCUUCAAAUCUCUGCUGAUUCACCCGCUUCAACCUGUCGUCACAGAAAUCAUUUCAUUUUCAAAGCAUUUGUGUUUUUUAGUGGGUGGUGAGGUGCAAACCUGUGGCGUGUUUUACUUUGAUAGGUUUCACUCGUAUUUCUUGAACUCUCUCUCUCUACAACAACAGAACACUCACUGGCGGAGGCAGACAACUCCCAGUGUACUCCCAGUCUGGGCGUUAAAAAUGACAUAACAAUGUGUCACUCAGUCAUGCGAUCGCAUUGUGAGAAAGUGAUGUCAGGCCAUUCUUAAAGAGAGGAAGCGAUCAUUUGAGGUUUCCUGUGUUCACCUCGAGUAGACGGCGUCUGGAGCGCAGUGGUGUCGGAUACGGAUCUAAAUAAAAACGCUGUUUAUCAGGAUGUGAGUUUGACAUCCUGGGAAGUUUUGGAGUUCAAAGACAAAGAUGAACAGUUCAGAAAUGACUACUAUAACUUUCCCAAACAGAGCAUGCAGAUAAGAGUGACGAAUAUAAAAAAUCCAGUGAGUCAUGCAGCUGUUUUAAACUUUUUUUCCUACUUUAGUUGCCAGUAAAGAAGCAACGUUUUCAUUAAAAUUCAUACGCUUACAACUGACACUGCAAGCCAACAAUAUUUUUCUUUAGCAACUUAUUUUAAAAAUGUUUUCUCAGACAUUUUUUACAAAGUUUCCAAGUGUUAAAAAUCCAAAACACUGACAUUUUCAAACUCUUAUUGGCCGAUAUCAAUCUCAUCGCUGUUACAAACCCAAAGUUCCUCACUUUCUUCAAAUACUGUUACAAUGCUGACAAUAUUAUGCACCCCUAUAAAGAAGAUAAUUGUGACAGUAUUAUUAUUGUUUUCUGAAGACAUGUUUUAGGCCUUUUCUCAGAGAGGACAGGACAGUGUUAGAGUAAGAAACCAGGAGUGAGAGUAAGGAGGAACAGAGUUUUUUAGUUUACUGUCACAUAUGUCAGAGUAAAGCACAUCCAAAGUAUUUGAAGCUGCUAAUAUUUCACCUUUCUGUCCUGAAAGUUUGCUGAACAGACGAGCCUGUUAUAAAAACAGUUCUAGAGUCAUUUCAUGGUUAUAUAGACUAGGGCCCGACUGAUUUAUUGGUGAGCCGAUUAAAUCGGACAAUUUUAGCUUGUUUGAGACUUAUCUGUAAUUGGCCAUAACUCACCGAUUUUCGCCGAUAUUUUCAGAAAUAAAAUGUGGAGGAUAAGAUUCAGUUUCACUUUGAAAAUGUUCCGCCAUUUGUAAAGUUCCCCGACUUAACCUGUCGAUGGCGUAGUGACCUCAUGACGAUCUUCAUCCACUAACUACCUCACAGCACAGCAGAGUGACGGAUCUGAAGCAGGCAGCUCAGGGACACACGGAGUAGAGUGGUCCGCCUCAUCGGUAAAUAAACCAGUUUGUGAAAUACACAAUAAGUCAACAAGUUUCAGUUCAACCCACUUCACCAUGUUCCCCGCUGUGCUGGUCACGGUCACACCGAGUUAACGGUGAAGCACCAUGUUAUAUGCAAGCUUAAGUUAGAGUUAGCCACCUGCUAUUAGCCUGCUACACUGUUAGCCUUGCCAGUAACGGUAGAAUAAACAAAAGUACACAUUACGUGAUUGAGCUACUUCUCUUACUGAGGCAGCUGCAUGUCUCCAGAUGAGACCGGACCAGGUAGGAGGCACCGAUCGGUGCGGGGGGUGGGGCAGUUGAAAACACUUUGCUGGUCCGAGUUAUAUCAGAGUCGGUCUUCCUGUCAGCGCAAAGAACAGUGGCCUACAGAUAUCUACAGUAUAUAUAUAUUUUUAGAACUUCAUAAAAAAUCGUCCGAUUAAUCGGUAAUCGGACCCCCCCCCCCCCCCCCCCAAUAAUCGGCAUCGGCCCCAAAAAAUCCAUAUCGGUUGGGCCCUAAUAUAGACAUAAUAAUUCAGCAACUAGUGUGGAUUCCAGCUCAGCUGUGCUUCAUGUGAUUACAUAGUGUAUGUAUCGAGGACUCAGUCUGCAGGGCCAAAUGCUUGCAUGCUAAACGUGAACAUACAGGACAUGCAAGUGAAAUAAUUUUUCUCACUAAGGCCAUUGCUCUUCAUCUUCUGCCAUGUCUUUAUGGUGCAUGUUCAUAUCAGUCAGCAUUACACCCUGGGCUGUAUGUCAAGGCUGCAUCCUCACAUCCUUCAUUAUUUAAUGUGCAGCUUCUCAUCAUGGAGCGUCCUCGUCACUCAUAACUUAUGCUUCAGUGUGUUUAAGUGAGCGUUUGCUUCUGAUUCUUAUUACUGCAGAGGAAAAUGUGAUUUAAUGCUGAAUAAAGCUAAUUGGUAGAUGAAAGGAAAGCUUAUGUCGAGUUUUUAGAUUAGAUUAGAUAAUCUACCAGUGUGCCAGUCGACACCAUCAUUCAUAACCUUGAUAAUACCCAACAUGUCUAGGUCAGAGUCUCCUGCAGUGACUAAUUUUAGGUAUGUAAAUUGCAUGUAAACCUCGAGUCUACAGGCGUAAAGACACUCACGGCUAAACACAGGCUCACAGAGUCAGAGGGUAAACAGUGUGAAAUUGGAUUGCAGAGUGUGGCUAAUGUUAGCAGAGCUAUCACCACCUCCAGCCUUCAGCUCCUCGUGUCUGUGCUGCUGGUUCCACACCGCUCUGGUUGAGACGUUGCCAGUUUUACCAGACACGGCCCUUGCACACACAGCUUUCUAGAUCAAAACGCUGCCAAAUUGCGCCGUGCGGAGAGGUGCUAUCUGUCAUCUGUGCUUGGAUACACUGGCAAAUGAGAUUUUUGUGGAAAUAAGAGAUAAAGAAUUCACUGUCCAGCAGCAUGGUUUAACAUCUCAUUAAAACAUCUUUUCUUACACCGUUUUUGACUCUGUGCCUCAAAAGAAAAAUUCUUGACCAUAGUUAUGAAACCUCUUCUGCUCACUGCAGUAUCUUAAGAGCUGGACCAAGUCUGAACGUUGGGAACAUUUAUCAUUUAUGCACAUCUAUUCAUAACUGAAAGAAAAUCUCACAAGGUCACUGUCAGCUUUUUGACUUGUAGCUGAAAGAGACUCACGGUGGGAACAGCAUUUAUGUUAUGUCAGUUUAGACAGAGUGUUCUCUGAAUCCUGAAAAUGGGGCACUUAAACGCUGCUCUUAAGAGUAUUUUUCACAUCGUUUUCUUGCCGUGACAUAUUAAAAUAAAAGCCUCAAAUGGGGCUAUAAUUUCUGGGAAGAAUACAGCAUUUUUAUUUGUUUGAAUACAAUUUAAUUCCAAUGCAAAGUAGACCUCAGAAAAUAAUGAUCCCAAAUCAGAGGACAUAAGAAACUACUAUUGAAAACACUGUAAAAUAAACACCCAUUAUUCAAAUAAUCCUGAUUCUAUAUGCCAAACCUAAAGAAAGACGUCUAGUAAUCCUCAUGACCGUGAAGGAAUUCCAGCUGAUCGUUGAGGAAGCAAACGCUGCUCCUUUCACAGGAAACAACAACAGGAAGCAGAGUCCUGUCCUGACAGUGCGGACUCAGUGAACUGUUUUAACAUGCUGGUUUGCCCGAGCUUCCUCGCUGUUUAUGUCCUUGUCUUAUUUAAUUUUGCUCCCAUGUCAGGAUGUCCAGUCAGCCAUAGUUUAUCGUGUUAGGAGUCUGUUAGGCCAUUUCAUUAUUAGCAUGUCUGGCUCAUGCUGAAGCCCGGAGCAUGACUGGAGUGAACGAAGAACGACUGCAUGUCCCCUCGUUUGGAAUAUAGGACCCAGGUCUUGUUUUAGUCACGCUCUUUGUUGUGUUUACCAAUUUGGGAAGAAACAGUUUCAGUAUUUGCACGAACUAUUUAUACUGUUAUUAUUUUGAAAUAUGAAGAGAAAGGAAAACUAGGUUGGCAAGGAGACAAGUCAUGAGGCUCAAAGUACCCGAAACUCCAGAAACAAGGAGACGAAUUAAGACUUUCUGAAGCUACGAUGAUUUGAACAACAACAUGCACACAGCAUCUUUCUUUGGAGACACUAGGAGUAUGAUUGCAUAUUAGGGAUAGGGUAAUUUACUCAUGUAACACAUUAGGGGUGGGGGAAAAAAUAAAUUCACAUAAGUAUCGCAAUCUUUUGUUUUACAAUAUUUAAAUUGAUUAUUUUUUGUUACAAAAUCUUUUUUUUUUUUUUUCAAAUUUAAGAAUAAAGGUCCUUUCAGGCUGUAAGCGUUUUUUUCAUGUGAUUAUUUCAGGCGUCAGUUAGCAAGGUUGUAGCUAAGACUCGUGAAGAAGUAUGAAAAAAAAAUGGGAUUCUCCUUUUCAUAUUGAGGGAAGUCGUCUCUGUGUUUUGGCCGGGUGUUAGAUUAGUGUGUGAAAUAAUUCAAAACCACAGCCAGAUGAGCUCCUCUGUCAUGCACAGUCCUGUAAUUCUUGUUUCACUUCAGGCCAAACCACGUGUAAUUGCUUGCAUCGUCUUCUUCUUCUUAAAUGUUUCCCAUUAAUUGGGGUGUUGCAGCAUGAAUGUACAAAAACAGCCUUUUCACAACCCUGAGCUGCUUUAGUCGAACAGGCUCUCUGACUGUCACUCUUUCUUAUGCACAUAUGUCUCUUUUAAAACAUCUGCCCAAGUUUACAUGUCUAAAAAUACUACUCCUUCACGCACUAUGACUAAAGAUGCAUUAUUCAAUGCCUCUGCAGAGUAAUUAAAUCUUAAUCAGGGAUGGGCUCCUGUCCUCAUGGAGGCGUAUCUGUCUGUGAGUGUUUGUACGUGUCUGAUCACAUGCGUCUGUGUGUGUGUGUGUGUGCACUCUCGCCAUCCACCAGAGCUUUUUCUUUUAUUUUUAGGUUCUUACGGUGCGAGACGAUUUAGGAAGUCUGUAGAGUGAGUUAAAAGAGUGUAGAGUGCCGAGGAAACCUCUCCGCUGAAGUAAAAGCUGCAGAGGUUAGACAAGGUUAAAGUUAGGUAACUCUUCGUGCGGUCACUUCAGGUAACCCAACCUGGAUCAUCUCCUGGGUUUUGGUUGCAGAUUUCCUGCAUGUCUAUUUUCAAAAGCUGGUUGUUUUCAUGCUUCUCCUGCAGAGGCAAUUUCCCUGAGACUAGCCUGAUACUUGAUACUCCGGCUCUUGUUUCAUUACAUCAACAACAACAGUCUACAGCUUGAAUUUAAUCAAUAAUGUUUUUUGUUUUUUUUCCCAACAGUUCUGUUUAAAUUGUUUUAGCAUCUACCAGUUCUGGUUCAAUUGAAACAAGAAAAACGAGGACUUUUUCUUUGUUUGGACUAAUGCAACAAAAUCAACACAAUGAAGACUAAAACAUGGGAUUAAAAUAGAGAUGUGUACGCGCUUGAAUGUGUGCAAAAAUAAUGGACAGGUUUUCUGUUUGGAGCAGCUUGAUAACGAAAUAAAUAACAGUGGUCUAUGGCAACCAAACACUUGAAAGCUUUAAAUCUAAAUUUCAUCAAGCGACUCAGGACUGUGUGCGGCCUUAUGUACUCCCAAUAAUGUCUGGCCAUGCCUCUGGUGAGUCAACACACAGUUUCCUUGGGAAUCUCCUCCCAGACCUGGAUCAGGGCAUCAGUGAGUAUCUUAGCGGAGUCAGAUCAGAUGCAUCCAUACAUAACGUCCCAUAUGUGCUCAGUUGGAUUUAGGUCAAAGGAACAUGAGGGUCAGUCAAUACCAUCAAUGCUUUUGUCAUGCACGACCUGCCUAUCCACUCUAGCUACACAGGGGCAGGGGUUAUUCUGAGCCAGGAGGGGGUCCAGGACCCACAGCACCCGUGGAGGUAGGGCUUGGCGAUAUGGCCUCAAAUCAAUGUCAUGAUAUAUUGAGCAGUUCACCUCAAUAACGAUAUAUGGAUGAUAACUGCUCCACAAGCUUCAAUUUUCCACAAAGUCUCGAGUUCAGCACCUGACACAACAACUCAGCUUUAAAUUCAAGCUCUUUAACAUCCAGGGUCACGCUGCUGAAGAACUGAACCGUGACCAUAAAGAGUACCGGGUUUAGUCUGGCUGAUUUUGGGUCCUGGUUGACUCACCUGUGCGCACAUGAGGAAAACUGAGCAGUAACGUAUGGCGAUAUAAUAAUGCAAACCACAAAAAAAAAAAAAAAUCUGCAGUACCUUGAGUGUCCACUUGGGGCUUGCUCCAAAAGUCAGUGAGUUUCUAUUAAGUCCUGUAUAAUCAUGCACAAUUAUACAGCUACAUUGAACAUGAUUGGAGCGCGGUAUUAAAAUAAUUUUGGGUGUGUAGAUUGCGUGUUUAUUUAAUACAUAGUCUGGAGGUCAUAUACAUUUUUAAAUACAUUGCUUAACAUAGUAUUAGGGUGUCAAAGGUACAUGGACUGUUCCUGUAAAAUAACAAAAACUACGACUUUUACAACAGAAGUAACACACACAGGUGAGACAGGUCCAGGAUGAGGCUGGGCGAUAUGGCCUCAAAUCAGUAUCACGAUAUACUGAGCAGUUCACCUUGAUAACGACAAAUGGACGAUAAUUACUCAACAAGCAGCUCACACCCUCCCACAUUAACUUCGUCUACUUCAGCCGCCACAACUUUUGAUACAACUUUUUUGAUACCAAAAAUAUUGAUAUGGGCAAAAUGAUUUUGGUUAUUGUCAUUAAUUUCGGUAUCUGUAAAUUUUCGGUCUAUCGCCAAGCCCUACUUGGAGGAUCUGACAGAUGCUCUGAGGAUUUCUCCCCAGUACCCAAAGAAAGUCAGGGCUACCACUGGCCCUAGACUUUUCAAGGGUCUGCCUCCCUAGACCAUCACCGACCCACCACUAAACCACUGAUUUAUGUCUUGUCUUUCUUAUUCUCCUGGUGGUCCUUUUACAUCCCUGCUGAGCCUUCUCUCAGAACUCCAGGACUAUGUAAAGAUAUAGAUUCACUUGUGAUGAGAGAGAUGUCUGAAAAAAUGUUCAUCCCAAAGGCUUUCUGCUUGUGAGUGGAGAUUAUUCAUGGAUUGAUUGAGCCGUGACAUCACUCGGCGUGUGUGUGUUGGAUCCAAACUGAGUCAUCAAACUCCAUCUGGACUCUCAAAGGUUUGCGACAUGCUCUAAAGAGAGCGGCGCUGCUUUGUUUCAAUCACUGAUGGGUAAUUCGUUUGGUAGGUUUUUCUUUAAUGAAUCGGUUUAGUUUUUUUUUUAAGCUCCUGCGUCCUCUUUCACUCUCAUCCUUUACUCAACAGAAAGACUUUGACCCUCGGUCCACACUACAUGUGUAGCAUCCUCCUGUUUCCGUGCCUUUUCUGUUUAGUGCUGACAUGCUGGUGCCCAUGCUUGCACCUUAAACUAAGCAGAAAAUGUGUCGACUCGGCUCCUUUCGCUGAAGCCUUGGCUCUGUGGAAUAUCUGGUCCCUGGUGUAAUCCCUGGUCGCUCUUGUCCUUAUGAGAAUGACCCUGAAGUUCAUCCUGGCUGUUACUCAUCGCAGCUACACACACACAUGCUGCUCUCACACCCUCACAGCAUCACAUCCACGCUCCAAGGUCUCCUCAUCAGCAAGGACAGACCGCGCAGCUGUUUUCCAUUCAUGUAGAGCUCGGACGGGUAAUGGCCCACUAUCUGUGAUGAUGUACAAUACACAAGAUAAGCUCGAUGUGCUGUCCUAUCUAUUGAUGCAGUGUGUUGUUCAGGCACUGAGUGUCCCACGCUGAUUCACAAAGGCCGUGAUGGGUGGUGGUGGAGACAGUGAGCCUGAGCUGUCUGAUGUGAUUCUUUUCUAAUCAUAUGAUUGAAGAACGACACCACUGACUUUUUCUACCGUUCAGUCAGUUUAAAAAAGUGGAAAAUGCAGAUUUUAUCUCCUCAGUGUUUUGAUUUGUCCUUGAGGAUAUUCAAACUCAAAGCUUUGUUUUACCUCUUAGUGAUUUGUUUGACCUUGUCUUGUCUUUGAUCGGUCGGACUUCAUUUACUCUCAUCAGUGCGGCUGAUUUGUUGUCCGGUAACACUCAGGUGUUCAGUCUAACCCAAUCUCAGUAUCCAUUUAAAAGCCUAAACACUGACUCCUCAGAGACUGAACUGACGUCAGACGUGAAUGUGUGUGUGUGCGUUAGUCUGAGGGCCUGAGAUGGUAUAUAAAUGAGGAUUGGAACACACGAUCGUGACAUCACACGUUGCCUGGAAACAAGAUGUGCCAUUAAAUAAGGAAGAAAGCCUGAGUCAGGUGUGUGCUUGUGUGUCUUUCAUUAUCACGUUAGCCAUGUGUUUGACUCUGGAAGGCUUUACUGUGAAUCCUUCUAGUACAUUUACAUGAAAACAUAAGAAAAUACCUUAAAUUAAAGAUUAACUUACUGGUGGUGUUCAUGUACAUCUUUGUUUUGUUCACACCAAAAGUACCAAAAGUACUAGGAACUUUUAGUUCUGGGAACUAAAUGGUUCUUGAGGUUCAUUUACAGCGGGGCAAAAAAGUAUUUGGCAGCCACCGAUUCUGCACAGCUCUUUCACAGCUCUUUAUUCGAGUUUUUUGGACUAACGAUCAAACGAAGUGUCACAAAUCUUAUUGACAGCAGGUAAACUGUAUUAAUGAUUAACUACCAGGUUACAGGAACAGUAGCUCUCAUACUAGUACCACCCGUUGAUGCCUCUGUCUGACCCUCUCUGUGCUCAGCUGGUGUCUGUGCGUUAAUUGAACUCCGGUUGAUGAUGUUGAAAAGGUUUUCUGAGAAAAUAGUUUGGUGCAUAUGGAAAAACCUAGUCACGGGAUGAUCAACAAUCCCUUCUCCUGUUUACUCUGUGUGUGUUUGUGCAAACAUUUAUUGAUGUAAAUGAGAUUUUCAUCGGGGCCUGCCUCCUAAAGUACCUGGGCCAUUGGAAAGGACUACCCCCCUGAGCAGAGGCUUUUCUUUCACCUUAAAAACUAAAUUGAGAUCCUAGUUCUUGCAGCUGAAUCCCAAAGAGUUCUUGAAAAGGUCCUUAUCACCUAUCACUCAUUGUGCUUAACUCUAAUUUUCUGUAAAUUCAGAGUUCACACUUUUUCUACUUUUACAGCUUAAAUACCAAACAAGAUGAGAAGCAGUUUAUUUUGCUGAAUAAUGAAUAAUGGUGUUUUCCUCUCGGUUUUAGGUGUGGGCGCUGGGCGCUUGCCAGACUGGGUGAGGUGAGAACCGAAAGUGAAACCCGCUGAGAAAAAAAAAAAACACUGUCUGGGACCGCUUGGGAGGACCUCUGUGCAGGUGAGGACUGAUGGAGAGACUUUUUAAUGAUUCUUAUGAGAGUUAGAAAUGUGAAUAAAAAGUAUUGACUGUUACAGAGUCGCUUACUACCGCAGCUCACCUGGAUAAUCCAGCAGGUGUGCUUGCCUUGGAUAUCUUGUCAUAUGCUUUGCAUACUUUUUUACUAUUUCCACAAUCAAGAGCAAACCAACACCAACAUAAAAUCAUAAACUCUUCAAUGUAACCAACGAAAGACAAUUUGCAUUUAAUGUUUUAGUGUUAUGCUUUUAAAACUAUUCUUCCUGUGGAUGAUAUGCAAAGAUAGUACGUGCUACUAUUACUCAAAGACAGAUAUCAAUUUGACCUUUACGUAAGUGACUGUGAAAUUUACCCCUCUAACAAUGUCUCUGACUAGAUGUUUGCUGUUAGAUUAUCCUCCAUCUUAUCACUAAAGCAGUUAAGAAUACAAGUUUUAGUUAUUUUUAGUAAAAAAAAAAAGUAGUUAAACUUGAAUCCAGCCACAGAAACUGUGAAGAUUUGUCUUAAAUCAUAAUAUUUUUGAGUUAUGGAUCAGGCGGUUAAACAUGUCCCCUUUUAUAUGUAGUUCCAGUUUUUAUUCUUUUACAUUCAGUCCAUAAACAGUGUAAAGACCUAGUUCGCUGAAGUCAUAUCCUUUAAAUAAGCCUGCCACAAUAAAUGGAUGGUCUGGUGUAUUUUGGCUCAAGGAGAAGGUUUGAGAGGGGAAGACACACCUCCUUUAUGGAUGUGAACUUCUUACUGUACUCCAGGUCAAAUAUUUGACUGUGUAACCGGUUCUUACCCAGACCCGGGCCUGCUUUCAUUAUCUCUGUGGCCCUGGAGUGAUCAAAGAAGAGAGGACGGCAUGUGAUUGAAAUGAGAAGUAAGAGUGAAAGAGAGUUGGAGGGGAUAUUCCUGCUUAAACAAAUUUUAUUGAAAUGAGUGGAGGACAAAGAUUUGAAAACGCAGAUAUGAUUCAUGGCUGUGAAGGACUUUUGCAGACUGUAUGUUAUUAAUAAAACACGCUCCUCUUACUCCAAGGUUCACACGGCCGUCGGCAGGGUGGAGCUUCCUGACCCAUGGAGAAUUAUUUCCAGGCCGAGGCCUUCAACCUGGACAAGGUGCUGGAUGAGUUUGAGCAGAACGAAGGUGAGUUAGAGACAAGACGGACAAACAGUGAGUCACCGUGUUUGAGAAAAGACAGAUGGGACAAGGUGCAGCGGUGGGAUUUGAGUUUCGGGAUUUAUGGUUUAGCACGCCGUUAUGUAACCUAUGAGUAAAUCAUCAAGGUGUGCAGCCUACACCCAGUGAGUCUGGGUAACAUUUACAGGUGCUGAUUGAGGUUGUGCAGAGAGGGAAUAGCACUAAUUGGAUUAUCAAUUUCCCUUAGGCUUGUGUGAAACUGUGGAAUCAGUGCAAGACGAGGCGCUUUCCACCAUUUCUCUCAACACUCAAAUCCAGCGCAGCGAUUGUUCCAGGGCCUUUUUGAAUCAGAGGUCCCUCUCUGUGUUUAUUUAUGGCGAUUUGUUAAGUAAACACUGCAUUACUGAGCGGUGUGUCUGCACACUCCCAGCUGUCAGGAACAAACAAUCUGCCUUUUUCAGUGGAUUUAUGGCAGACGACCCCAGUCCUCCACACUCAGCAUCUUUAAAUGGUACUGUGAGCUCAGUGUGUGUUUUGGCUGGGAGUGAUUAUCUGUGUGUCCUGUGCCAGAGAUCCAGCUUGGGAGAUUAACUCUGUGUAUGUGUGUGUGUGUUUGAGUGAGUGAAUAUGUGUGUGUCUUUUGAACAUAGUACAGCACACAUACAAAAAGAGCUUAGCAUGAAUUCCUUUGGAGGGAGGAGAGCGCUGUGCAGUCGCUGACACGGCUGUGCCAGGCAGUCGCUUGAAUAAAUGUAAGGAAAGUUUCUGCUCAUUUUACGCUGCAUUCAUGUGUCAGCCUGACUGAUGGCUCCCUGUGUGGCUGAGCCGUUUGGCCCACUUUCUCUGAAUUUCCCAGUCCAUCCACACGCUAAUUUCCCACUCCAUGCCAACCUCAUUUCUCAAUUUGUCCCCCGGUUUUGUUACAGCCGUUUUUAGCUUUUUUGAUCACCUGGGAGUGUGUAUGGCUGGAUUAGUUCUCUGUAGCAGAUCAUUUGAGGCUUCCUGUCACGCUGUUUUGGGUUCAUGAUCUCUUAGCUUUUACAAACUUCUUCCUUUUUUUUUUAGUUUCUGUUAUGCUGUAGUCAAGCUGAUCCAAACGAAAAAACAACCCCUUAAAGCAACAGCAAUCUUUGAACAAACUCAGAGGGGCUAUGAUGUCUUCUGUCUGUCCCAUAUCUGUCUUUUUAAUCAGUCUGUGGUCUCAAUCAAUGUGUCCUAGCAGGACAAUAUUAGGUUGUGAGGGAUGACAACAUGUCCACAGUUUGCAAACCCAGAGACGGUCACAUCUGCGCUUUCUGUUGUCAUCUGUUGCAGUUUUAUGCUCUCUGUAAUUGGUAUUAAUUAGGGGUAUCCUGAAUAUGAUAUUGAUAUCAGAUAUUAGUCCAAUAUCAGCAAAAAUUCAAAUAUCAGAUUAUUUAGGCCUGCAUCUAAAAUCUCUGAUAUCAGCACUCCGAUACAGGCAGUCCAGUCCAGACUCCACUCCAGCACCUCUAUCUAGCAGCACCCAGAUCCAGCAUGUAGACCCCACGUGAUCACAACAACAUUAUGUACUAAUGUACUAACAAAGUGGCGAGGAGUAGGAGUGAUGUCGGCCCUGUGGCAGUAUUUUUCGUUAAAGUCCGAAAAAGACGUUGCAGCUGAGUGCAAAACUUGUCAUGCAAAAGUUUGUGAAAAUAUCGGAUCAAUGUCGGUAUCGGUCAACAUUAAAGGCUACAAUAUCGGUAUCGUAUUGGAGGUAAAAAAAGUUGUAUUGGGACACCUCUAGUAUUAAACGACAGACUGAAGGCUCUAAUAUAGACUGUAAUUAAAUCCCACACAAUGCACUGCAAAGAUGGUAAACACAAAGAGCAUUUCCACUUAAAGUUCCACUUACAUUUAUGAAAUAGACUGACAUCCAUACUGAUGCCUUCGGAAAAGUAAACAAGACCAUCAACAACAAGACUGAGAAUUUUUAAUGUCUGAAUCAAAACUUAAAGCUCCUGUGAGGAACUUUCGGUUUGGCGCCCCCCUGUGGACAAAUCAGUCUGUUUGUUUUAACUAAUGUGAGCUCAGGUAGAGUUUUCUGACUUCUUAGGAUCAAGUGAAGUCGUAUCUUUACAUUAAUUUGUUUUUCUCUCCUUUUUCUCCAUCAGAUGAGUCAGACAAUCCAAUUCUCUCCGAUGCCAAGUGGACCCAGAUUCUGGCCCCACCAGCUCACCUACUUUCUCUGAACCCCGCCCUGGCCCACGCAGACCUCAGCCCCCGGGAGAGUCCUCUGCCCUUUAAGAACCUCCCAGACUCUUCCUCCACCGCCUCCCCGGGGGCUGACCCUAAAAGACACCCUGGCCCGGAACCUCCGUCCUGGGCAGAGGAGAGGCCGGCAGACGUCCACAGCCCGCCUCUUCCCCAGCCCAAUAUCGGCAAACUGGUGGGCACAGACGACCUCUCGCCGCCCCCUGUGACAGCCUGUAGUGCUGUGGAGAACGGCUGUCCUGCCAGCCCUGUGAGUCCACAACUGGAUGGACUCGGACAGGAGAUAAAUCCUCCUUCGGACAACAAGCCUGGUGCUUCUGAGCAGGAGAGUAAAGCUCAUCAGGAAGAGAGAGCCGCCCCUGUAGGAGGAGGCUCUGAUGUCACUCACACUCACUUUACCUUCGAGGUCGCACCAGGACAGGAAGAAAGUUUGUCCCAGAAAAUUCGGCCAAAUGUAGAAGCAACAAUACAGAAUGGGGAAGAUGCCAAAAAGGAGGUUUUUACAGCUGUUUUACAGGAAAGCAGCCAAGAAAAAACUGAAAAUGUAAAGGAGGAGCAGAGAGAUGGUCUCUUAGAGAAAGAUAGAGGUAUUCAGACUGCCUGUGAGGCGGAGAGGAAUGGAGUAUCUCCUCCUGACGGAGCUGGAGUGGAGAAAAAGGAGCAGAGAUGUGGUCAAGAAGGACAGAAAGACCAGCUCCUCAGAAUACCCAGCCUUCCCAAUGGUUUGGAGCCAGGGAGCAGUGGACAUUCAAAGCAUAAAGAGACAGAGGAUAAGGAGGAGGAGGAGGAUGAAGGUUUUUCUCCCUCCCCUGUCCCCUCUAAAGAGGACUCUGUCACCGAGGAGAAGGAAAUGGAGGAAAGCAAGCAAGAGAACGGAGAAGGAGGAGCAGCAGCAGCAGGGUCCGGUAGCAUCCAACCAAAACUCAACAACAAUCGUCUGCAGCCGGUCAGCGUCCCCUACGGAGGGGCCCGACCGAAGCAGCCGGUCAGCCUCAAACUCCAGAUCCCACAGCCACUCUCGGGCCAGGUCCAGAACCAGCUCGGCCAGACCGUCGUCAGCAAGAACAAAAACUUAGAGAACCAGUGUCGGAGAAGCACGCCGGCCGAGCUCAGUGGGACUGAUCAGAGUGCAGUCGGGGUGAACGGGGACACUGUCGUACACUCUCCGACCCUGAUUCCCUCAGAGAGCCCGGACAACGACCUCCAGGCAGGUCAGCAGGGCGCUCUGUGCAGGAAACCCGCCAGCUCUCUGGGAGAGGUCGCCCCUGUGUGGGUGCCUGACUCCCAGGCUCCUGUGUGUAUGAAAUGUGAUGUCAAGUUCACCUUCACCAAGAGGAGGCAUCACUGCAGGGCCUGUGGAAAGGUCAGUGGAGGGCUUGGGCUGCUUUGAAGCACAGAUCUGUACUCCUAAAAACUAUAAUUUUAUCUCAGUGCUCGACAUUUCUGGGCUAAUUCUGCUGCUCUGUGCACUGGUGGUGUAUUAACAGAGAUAAACAAGAAGAAAAACAGCCUGAGAAAUAUAUCACGACUUUUUAAAAACCAUAUCAGAGUAAUACUUUAUCAGCUUCUUAAAAGACAGUAAAAUAAACAAAGUGCUUUGAAAGAUAAACUCCUGUCUUUGUAGAUAAAUGCAGCGAUUGUGCAGGUAGCUCUCUAGCGUUACAGCCACCCACACAUGCAGCAGCAGCAGCAGCAGGGCGUCUGCUGCACAGCGCUCUAAAAGUGAAGAUGCGGUCGCUGACACUGCACUGGAAAAAAAAUCGCCGGACUGCUACUUAAUUUCCCAUGGUGGUAAACAAACACAGCCUCUGCCACUCGAGCAGGGAGGAGCUGGCGCUGCAGUUCUACUGACACCAGCACCGCCAACAAUAGACGCAGCAGCGGGGUCCUCAGUGCAUCCACCUGCACCACACUGGCAGAUACACAAACCAGUAUCAGCUGGUGCUGUGAGGCGAUCCUCCACCCCUUUGACUAACAGUCUACUAAAUACAUGUUACUACUGGAUAAUGAUGUGUAGGGAGGUGCUAUAGUAGUUGUACACAGCUGCAGCUCGUUGGAGCUCUGGCAGCGAACAGAAAAUCAAUAUCCAUAAAAUGUAACGUUUGCUGCUGAGAGCUUACUACCAGCUAUUUUCAAUUCCUCAGCCUUAAAGCUGAGCAGUUAAAGUAAAAAUCAUUCAGAGGAGUGUUUUUCAUCCAGUGUGAUCACGGUUUGUUGGAAAGAGGUACAAACAGCUUGUUUUUUUUCUUUGAAGGUGUUCUGCGCAGCGUGCUGCAGCCUGAAGUGCAGGCUGGUGUACAUGGACAGGAAGGAGGCUCGAGUUUGUGUCACCUGUCAUUCUGCGCUUACAAGCGGUGAGCACCAGUCCAAGCCAAGAGGUAGAUUUUCCACACGCAUUCCCUUCGAUUUUCAUUUUAUUAGAAUAGUUUUUGCAUGUUUUGUGUCAUUUAAAGUGGCAGACAGUAAAAACCCAACAACCCUCCUCUCACACAAGCACAUCAUCAACCCCUUUUAUAGUCACUUGGUCUUUAAAGAGAAUAAUAUUUCUUAUAUCAUUUUCAUUAUUGUAGUAUAUAUGUGGUAAAUGAUAUUUGAUGUUUUGCUAGGGCUGGGCGAUAAACCGAAAAUCUACGACAAUAACCAUCAGUCAUUUUGCCCAUAUCGGUAUAUUCUGUGUCAAAAAAAUAGUAAUUGGUCUCGUGUCUGCCCAUCCAAUCUGUUACAAAGAGGGAAAGACAGGUGAGGAGAUGGAGGACGGUUCAAACGUUGUAGCAGCUGGAGCGGUGGCUGAAGUAGAAUGAAGUUAAUGUGGGAGGGGGUGAGCAGCUUGUGGAGUAGUUAUCGUCCAUUUAUCGUUAUCGAGGUGAACUGCUCAAUAUAUCGUGAUAUUGAUUUGAGGUCAUAUCGCCCAGCCCUAUGUUAUACUGAAUAUUUGCUGUCUUUUCCACACAGUAUGCAUUACACCACAGUUUUAUAUGAUCCUGCUUGACUAUCAGCUCUGAUUAUGAGUAUGUAGAUGAGCCUGCUGGCGCACUCGUUCACUGAAACAGAGCCAAUCAGCAGCAAAACAAACAACAUCUUCGUUUAUAGAUCCUAAUAAGGCAAAAUUUUAACUACGUUUAGAGCACACUUGUAAAACUAUCAGUCUAACAGAGUAUUAGGGAGAUGUUAAAGGAAAAAAAACACUUUAAGUUAACACAAUGAGAAUAAAGUCCUUUUAGUCAGAGGAGCAGCCUGCUGCCGAUGCUAAUAUGAAGAACAUGGUGCAUCUUCUGAUGCAGUACUUUUCUAUAGAUGUCAUGAAUAACUGAAUAUCUUACCUUUUAGCACAUCUGCACCACAUCCUCAUAAGAAUAGACUGUGUGAGACAGAAAGGCAGACCAAUGAGCAGCCUGUGCCGAUUCUAGCCUGUAACUCCACACUAUAACUAAACACGACAAUCCACGUUCUUCACUUUCAUACUGUCAGCCGGCUGCUCUUCUGGUAUCCCUCUCUAUGAAUUCACAUAUAGAUGAAUUAUAACCUGCUAUUUUUACUUUUUUUUAUCUAAGAUACAUCCUCAGCCUCCUUAAACUACAACUUUACAACUUUAUUUUUGUAAAUUUACACCUUUAUAAUCAAAAUUUUAAAAAAACUUGACGUGACCUCUGUCAUGAGUGCAAAACUUUUUAGAAAAAUUAUAGACUUACAAAAUAAACUUCUCUCUCUCUGUUAGAAUUGUUGUUACUUUAUGUUGUUACUUCAUGUUGUUCAUGUAGUAUUUUUGUACAUUUUAUUUGUGAUGUUUUCUGUUCUUCAGCUCCAUCAUGGGAGACACAGACCACUACGAGCAACCAAAGUCCAAACCCCAACAACCCAGCAGAGUACUGCUCCACCAUCCCCCCUCUGCAGCAGGCUCAGGCCUCCGGGGUGCUCAGCUCUCCUCCUCCUACUGUCAUGGUGCCUGUGGGAGUCCUGAAACAGCCUGGCAACGAGGGUACGACCUUUACCGAGAAUGAAAGAUGCUCUUAGCGCUUCCUUUUCACAUUGAGAACAUGAGCUGAAGUCACUUUAAUUUUAACGCUUUUGUGGUGUGACAAAUAUACGUUUUGCCGGUCUUUCUCUUUAAGGGUCCCUCACCCGGGAGCAGAGGAGGGUUUGGUUUGCUGAUGGUCUCCUGCCUAACGGCGACACGACAGAAUCACCCAGACCUCCAGCUUCAAACCCAGCUCCUUCCCAGUCAUUGGCCAUCUCCACGUUUUCAAACAAAUCCUCCACUUCUGAAUCCUCAGAGGUACGCUCGGAAUGAAAACACUCACCCACAGCUCAUACUACUGGGUUAGCUUGAACGGUCGUGUUAGCCUCUCCGCAGUGAGGUGAAGGAAACCACAAAGAGAUCUUUCUGUGAGGUUGUUGGCGGUUAGCUGGCUGGGUCACCGACCAGGCCGCGGAGAGAGUUCAAAGGAAAGCCUCUGUGUUUGAUUAAUCAGGAUUAUAAAUUCCAGUAGACGGAGAUGCUUAAAGGAAAGCCUGCUAAAGUUUCCCCCACAACAUCUAACAGAGCAGCAAAUUGAAUCUUGCUCCCGUAGUCGUGAUGUGCACUCAUUGGUCUGAAUGAUUCAUGGGCUGUUGAGCAGACUGAUUGUUGGAGCAUCGAAGUAGCUGGUAUGGCGGCGCUGUGCAGACAUAACGUGUUAAAAAUCACAUGCUCACAUGAUACCAUGACAGCCACAGCGGCAUUAACUCACAGAUGCAUGAACAAGAACUGACGUCCAGAGGUUCAGAUGUGCCUGAACUAGAAGUGCUCUCGAGGAUGUGGUCAUGUUUCAGAGACAGUGAUUGGGUUUCCACUUUAAGCGCUUCAUAAAUCUGAGUAUGGAUCCUGAUCUGCUCUUAUUGCUUGUUUGCCAAAUGCAGUCCACAAUUGGAGGGGCUCUACCUUGACCCGAGCCACAGUCUUUCAAAACUUUCCUUGAAUUUCAGUCCUCUACUUACUUUUCUUUUUAAAUCACAGUGAAAAAAAAAUUAGAAUGUCACAUGGCAGAGUUAAACAACAGAAAAUGGACCCAAAUGAAGACAAAAAAGGAUUUAUUUAGAAAGAACUAAAUAAAAAGCAACAAAUACUUUCUUUAAAAAUAUCCAACCAAAAAAAUCUAACUAAAGACAUGGGGAAAAAAUCACAAGGAGCAACUGGGGACACAAGCAUACGCACACAUCAACAUACAAAAUGAACCAACAAAGACAAAGGGGAAGACAGGGACUAUAAACACACACUGGGAAACGAGCAACAGGUGAGGCAGAUGAGACACAGGUGAAACUCAUGGGUGAUUAACAAAGAGGGCAGACUAGAAACACAAGGAAUAAAUUAAUACAAAAUAAAAUAGGAAAUGCUGGAAACAGAUCUAAAGAAUAAAACACAGAGAGCAGGAUGGAAACAGGGUCAAACACAAACUGAAAACUCACAAGACAAGACUACAGGGGGACAGGAACAUAAGGGGAAAUGCACUCAUAUGACAAAACCAGGGAUACACUAAAUUACCAGAACGCUUCAUGACCCAAAAGGCACAAAAACCACAACUUCCUUUUGUGAAGGGGAACUGUCACAGUAAUUUAUUUUUGGGUAUAAAGGGGACAGAACGAGUAAAAUUAAUACACGAGUGACCUACAGCCACAUUUCCAUUAAAGUAGGGGUGCUGUGUGAUAAUUUAUGUUUUUUUAUGUAAUUGGAAGCGGUCCAAAGAUGACUAAUCAAAUCAUCACCUCUUCUUUUAACAAAACUCCGUAAAACUGAGGAGGAAGGUUUCUGGAGUUUUGGACCACAGGACAGUUUUGAGCUCAGACCGAGUCAUGUGCAUUUUUGAUCAAGCUUAUACAUCAUUUCCCAUUUGCGUGCAAUAAUGCAACAUCUAGGCUCUAAAUGAUUUCCAAACAAUCAUUCUGUUUGAUCAACUUUUUAAACAGCAUCUCAUUUCUUAAGGAUCGAAGCUGUAACAGUGCAUGUGUUUAAUAGAUUUAUAUAUAUAUAUUUACAGUAUAUAUAUAUAUUUUUUUUCAAGUUAAGUUGUGAGGAGAGUCACUUGUUUAUCUAGCGCAUCAGCCUUGCUAAUGUUGCUAAUGCGCUGUUGUUGUUGUUAAAGGAAAGUUUACAGGAUUUCACUAGAACAUCACCAGGAGCUCACAAAAGACGUGUACUUGGUUCCGCGCCAUAACCACGCCCCCGAAUUAAUAAAUAUUGAAUGUCCUAAUGUAGAUAUGGAGCUACAUGAUGCUUCUGUAGGUGUUUCAGUCAACCUCAGAUAAGAUUUCUGCUCCUCUGUAUUUUACUGGCAGGUCUCAGUUUGUUGCUUGUCUCAUAGUAUCAGUUUUUGACCAUUCUGCCAAAUUGUUGAUAAUUGCCGUAAAUAACUGCUGUCACUAUCUCCUCUCUGCCAAAAACAAACUGGCACUAGAAAGUUCUACAGACUUCAUGUGACCUGGAGCGCCAAGAUAUACUGCUUUAGAUCUACUGCUUUACUACUACAUUUCACUUAGUUAUAACUGAUCUCUAACACAACACCCUCCGACUUUCCUCUCCACCCCAGGCAGCCCACACCCCCGUCGCCCCGGUGGGCAGCCCGGUGGGCAGCUCCCUCAGCCUGAUCCCGGAGGACGGGCUCCCUCCCAUCCUCAUCUCCACCGGAGUCAAAGGAGGUACGGGAGGCCACAUCACAGGUGCUUGCCCUCAUCCUCACCAUUCUGCUGCCUCCUCAUUGCUCCGUCAGCUGCUGUGUUUGUGCUGCCUGUUUGUUUUUUUUUCACAUGCUUUUUUUUUUUAAACCAUGGCUCAUGUGUCGACCACUCAUUGCAAACAGAAAGGGGAGAAGAGGAUUUGUUCUCAGGGAUGCAGUUCAGAUGUUGAAAGCUGACUCUCUUACUUUCCUCACCUCCCCUCUGACCUGAUCCUCGCUCCCGACAUCGCCACUCCUCUCAUCCUCGUCUCUCUCCUGGCUGUUUAUCUAACUGUACCUCAACUCCUCCCUCCUCCACCUUUCUUCUCUCCUUUUUCUGCUCCACCCCAACCCUCCUGCAGAUUACGCAGUGGAGGAGAGGCCGUCGGAGAUCAUCCUCAUGCAGCAGCUGGAGGAAGGAGGUCCAGACCCUUUAGUCUUUGUGCUCAAUGCAAACCUGCUGGCUAUGGUCAAGCUCGUCAACUGUAAGUUACCAGAUUUAGAGGAUUUAUCAAAAAUUAAAAUGAGGGAUGUUUGUGGAGAUUUUGGAGGGUCAAACACUGACCUUAGAUUGUGGAAAAAUGUUGAAUUCACAGUAAAAGGUGGAUUAAAACCCUUAUCAGGUAUAAAGUAAGUCACAUUUUGCGCUUUUUCUCCAACCUGGUGACAGUUUCCAUCCUAAGGCAAGCUUGCAGUGCAAUGUUUCUGGAUUUAAUAGUGUAGUUUUUUGUAGAUUUCUGCUUCCUGUUGUGCGAUCUUAAAAAGUGCACAAGGAAAAUGACAAGAAAUUGAAUUGGCACCAUUCCCCGGUGGCUCACACGUUGUUUGCGAAGUGUUUUAUCACGUAGUUGGCAGGGAUGAAGAUUGUGAGUGACAGCUUUGUCUGGUUGUUAUUGUAUUUGUUGUUGUUUUUUUUUCUUUUUUUCAUUCAGCCUUUUUAAGCCUCACAAAGAAACAAAUCUUUGAAACAUUUGUGCGAGGAGAAAUUUCCCACCUAAAUGAGUUUGUUCACAGUGUUUUUGUGCUUUGUUUUUGUCAUUUUAUGAGUUCGUCCAAACAAGAUGAGACACAAGCGUCAAUUGUUUGAGUCCCUUAACUUUACAAGAGGAGUAGAUACUCAUCUAAUGUCGAAACUUUAUGGCAUUUGCAUAAAACUGACAGUUGUAGACGAGUAAAAUGUUAAAUUAUGAAGAUUAUGGCUCAAAAUAAAAACGUCAGUAAAACCAGAAAAGUCCUAAAAUGUUCAUGCAGAUCAUUUAGAUCCUUCAUUUGAGCAAAAAUACUGCAAAGACGACAAAUAAAAUUGCUCCUUUUUAUUUUAAUCAACUUUUUUUUCUCUCCUUUCUCCCCGUAGAUGUAAACAGGAAGUGCUGGUACGUGACAACCAAGGGCAUGCACGCCGUCGGCCAGGCAGAAGUGGUCAUCCUGCUGCAGUGUCUACCUGACGAGAAGACCAUCCCCAAAGACAUCUUUACACAUUUUGUGCAGCUCUACCAGGAGGCCCUCAGUGGUAAGAGCGCAACCAACAGCUCCACCAGGAGGCCCACUUCAAAACUAGUCCAUCUCCACUCUGGGCUCCUCUGGGGGGGACAUUGCAGCUCAUUAGUAGUCCUGUCUCAGGGUUCCCAGGCGAGUCUGCCUGUCUCGGUCAGGUCCUGCCCGGUUAAAAAUGAAUUUAGAGUCAUGUAGUACAAGAGCAAAGUGUCCAGGUUCUACUUUUAGCUCUUGGUAAUGCUAUUACUCGAAACUGGGUUACUGUUCGCUGCUCGUAAGGUGCAUCUGGAAAAUGGUCCAAACAUUAGCGUCCUGCUGUCAAGUCUCCUCCCUGCAGGCGUGUCACCUCAGCGCUGCUUGUCUUGCAUAUUUAACUCCAUAUGCUGCAGAGCGAAAUCGGCUAAUAUCGGGUGACUUUGACGGCGUGCUCCCUGCAGGCUGUUUCCUCUUUCAUAUUCACACAGGAGCACUUUCAGGCUGGUGGAAUGGAGCCAUAUUGUGCGAGUCAUUUCUGAUUAACGUGCCGUCAGUCAGGCCCGGAGAAGAAGUGCUAGCUUUAGCAAGUUCGAGGCGUACAGCUUUGUCAUAAUGUUACACGGCAACUAAAGCCAGCGAUCCCUUCGCACAGAGAUUGGGUCAUAUGAACCCUUUUUAGGUAAUCUAAGAGUGAUUUCAUCCUGAGACGCUGAGGCUACUUAUCCAGAAAAAAAUAAUCCCUGGAAUAGUCUACUGGAGAAUCUGGUUUCGCUCCACAUUUUCUCCCUGCUUGUUCUCAUUUUCAUCCUCUUCCCUUUCUUCUGUUUCAUCCUCUUCAUCUAUUUUCUGUCCUUGUUACGCCAUUCUCUUCUUUUUAUAACUUUCCUUCCUCUGUCUCCUAUUAUAUUACCCCCAUUCUCUCCUCCUACCCUGCUGUGCCAUCCCCUCUCCUAAUUCCCUUUCCUUCUGCCUCCUCAUAUUCUCUAUCACUACCCUCUCCUCUCUUUUCCCCCCUACAGGCAACGUCCUGAGCCACCUGAGUCACUCGUUCUUCACGCAGAGCUUCCUGGGCAGCAAGGAGCACGGCGGCUUCCUGUACAUCAGCCCCUCCUUCCAGUCGCUGCAGGACCUGCUGCUGCCCAACCCGCCCUACCUCUUCGGCAUCCUGAUACAGAAGUGGGAAACGCCCUGGGCCAAAGUCUUCCCCAUCCGCCUCAUGCUGCGGCUGGGAGCAGAGUACAGAUGUGAGUCCAGACUAAAAGGGUCUGUACUGCUGUCUACUCAGCUGUGCAUUGUUGCCCUGACUUGUGUGUUUCAUUCUGCAUCAAUCACUUAAUCAGAUAUUGUCACCUAAUUGUCUUGCAGUUGAUUAAUUAUUGAAGAAUUCUUUUACAAAAUCAGGGUUUUUGCAGAGUCAAGGUUAAAAAAAUGUGUCUGUUUGCACGCACACAUGAAGCUCCAUAGCUUUUCUGCAGCUUUGAGAUAUGAUCAAGGAGUCGUCGUGAAAAAUAGCUCCUCAAAUCAACAUUUAUUUUUUUUAUUCUGGGCAUUUUUCCUUAAAUUUACCACUCUACUUGAGUUUAUUUAUUUUAUUUUUGGCAUUCUGCACGCCAGGAAAAGAGUGAGGAAACCAAUCUGAGUGUUCGACGCCAGCUUUCUGUGCUUUUAAGUUGUUUAUAGUCGUAAUCAAACACACCGAGACAGCACAGUGAAAAUAGUCUGCAGCUCAAUUAAAUCUUCUUGCAUGUGCUUCCAAAAAAAAAGUGGAACUUUUUUGAGGUUGGUAAAAUCUAAUUGUAGCGGCCCUCAGCACAUUACACAGCGGUAGAGUUCGACUGGUGUUCAAAUCAUCUUUAUUAAGAGACACCGUGAAACUGGGAAAAGCAUAUAAACAUUACAAUCCUCAUAAAUCCAAAAUUUUAAAUUCAUUUAUAACAAAUGCAAAAGUUAAAAUAUGAUCAAUAGGAUAUUACAUAACAAAUCAAUCACCUCACUUCGCCUGCCAAGGGUGCAAACUCAACAGGUACCUUUUCAUUUUGUCUCUGUUGACCAAAAAUUAUGUAAACAAUGAAACGAUAGUGAACAUAAAUAUGUACAAUUACAAACAUUUAUUGGUACAUACCAAAAAUCGAGCUCCUGCUUUCAAUCAAACUGAGAAGUUGGUUUCUGACUCACCGUUUGUACAAUUUCCGGGGAUGCGCGGCCGACCCAGGAACAUGAAUGUAAACCCGACAAAAAAGAAGGGCUGGAGGCCACUUACACAAAUGUUAAAGGUGGGGUAGGCAGGAUCUGAGGAAGUGCCAGUUUAUCGGAGAAAUCUUGAAUGUAAACACUACCCUUCCCAACUAGUUUUCCCCUCAGCUCCUCCUCUCCCCUCCCUCUCUGCUCCAGAAAGCCCCGCCCACAAACAGACACUCCUGCUCACUCGUAUCGUUCCUAUUAAAUUCAGAUAUAAUGCAGAUACAUACUUAAGAUAAUUUCAAAUGGGGCCCAGUCAACGUGAAAGUAAAAAGCAUUGGUGCUACUGUAGAUGCCAACAGACUAUCAGCAAACACAAUGUUUGCAGGACUUCUACAACUAGGAGAAAGUGACAUAGUUCAGGACCCGAGGUAAAUGGUUUAGCGGCGCUACAACACGCAGCAGGUCCCGUUUGACAGGAAACACUUCUGUUACACUUGGCAUACUUUGUUAAAACGGUUUACCUGUCCAGCAGAACAGUUACACGGUCUGUGAGAUCCCGAAGCAUCCCCCAUCAUUGUUGACCCGGCUUCUUAGCUCUUGUCCGGUCUACCUCCUUUUUAAGCUAAUAGCUAUUGACUGAUAUUAAAAGCUUUUAUACACCACAAAAAACAGAUGCUUCUUAAACGGACUCCUGCCCACCCCACCUUUAAUGCACAGUCACAAACAGUCAACAUUCGAUAGACCAAAACAUGCUUCUACGGUGGUGAAGUGGGGAUGGGACUAAUACCUGCAGAGCAAGUAUAAAGUGUUUCAAAGGAGCCAGCUGUAGAUUAUGGAGUAAUCUUAAAGAUGAAGCAAUAAGCUGCGUUUGUGAGGUAUGGCAGUUAGUAAAGAUAGACGUGUGAAAAACAAGAUCCAUCUAAGCUAAAAAAGAGGAGAGUGUGAGCUUCAUCUCUCAAUUUAAGGGAAAAUAUACAGACCGAUGUUGAUCUGGGAAGCUUAGCAUGUCAGCUGUCAGGAAAGGGUUGUGAACCUGCUCUUAUAUGUGCCUCCACAUGAAGCAAGCAGUCUUGUGAGGGGUUUUAUCGGAGGGAGCCUCGUCUCCUCCAAAUCCCCCCUCUCUCUCUCUCUCUCUCAGCCAGAUCUGCCAGCACAGAGCACCGCCUGGCUCUGCUAAGCCUCUCGCCUGCUUCCAGUCAGCCCGGAUAGAAUACAUUAACAAAGCCACAUACAGUCGAGGCUCUUAAAAACACAGAUUGUUAGCGUUGCUGAGAAAUUAAUCCACCGCACAAACAGCGUAGCUCUCUACGCUCUCACCUGGUACCUUAAGCAGUGACCAGCAGGAGGUCGGGUCACUUAUUCACGCAGGAUUCUCAUCCGAACUGCAGAUUGUUUUUUUUAUUGCUAAUGAGAAUUUUGCGAAGAGAUCUAAUUUCCAGCUGUUUGCUGAGAUAAGGCUAAAAAUAGUCGUCUAAGAAGCUUUGGAUGCCGGAGAAAAAAAAAGCAGCCUCAUUUUUCACUUGUGGAUUAGGAGCGCUCCUUCUAACUGCAGGCGCACUUUGUAUUUGAUCUGUGCGUGAGGUCUCUCUCGCUCGGUUCAUUUGCAUUUGUGAGUGAGGAGGAUCAAAAACACGGGAAACACAAGUUGUGCUGUUAAUAAAAUGUCUGAAAACACCUCACUGAAAAAACAAGAAUCUCUCAUAACUGAGGAAAUCAAAUUAAACACACAAGGUGAGGAAAUACAGCAGCACAAAAGACUUAAAAAUAAAGGUAAACAAGAUUAUUACAAACUAAAUAAAACACACAGACGCAUCUCAUGAAGAAAUAACUGGAGGAGCUGAUAUUUCUAUAACCACUGUAUCUAACUGAUUUGUCUUGCAGUUUAUCCGUGUCCGCUGUUCAGCGUGCGCUUCAGGAAGCCCCUCUUUGGAGAGACCGGUCACACCAUCAUGAAUCUGCUUGCAGUAAGUUACAUACUCUUAUAUUUUUCUCUAAAAGUCUAGAUUAGAUCUCAGUUUUGUACUCUUAAUUUUGCUGUAUGACUUUAUUUAUUUGACUUCAAUCUCACCAAAGUCUUUUACUAUCUUCAUCCGUCCUUUUCGCAGGACUUCCGUAACUAUCAGUACACUCUACCUGUAGUGAAAGGUUUGGUUGUGGACAUGGAGGUGAGGAAGACGAGCAUCAAGAUCCCCAGCAACCGCUAUAACGAGGUGAGUGAAAUAGGGUCAGAUAUCGUCAAUCAAAACAUUUUACCCAGUGGGACCUGAAUGUAGUCUGGAUGUUAAAGUUACUCAACAAAAGCUUGUUUCUUUUUCUUUUAAAUAAAUGAGAGGAAACAUAGCUGUACUUAAACAUCUGCACAGGAAAGAAGGUUAAAAGGUGCCAUCAGUACUGGCAAAUGAAGGGUUAAUGCUCAGCUGGAGCAAAACAUACUCAAGUAAAUCUUAAACUGACAAAUAGUAUUUUACAGCGUGUGGGAAUUUCAGCAGAACCUCAAAAUCUACAUUUCUGUUAAAUCCUUUGACUAAGGCUAUGUUCACACUGCAGGUCAAUUCCGAUUAACCAUUUGUGACACAUAUCUGAUUUUUUCAUGUAAGUGUGAACAGUGCAAUUCUGAUUUUUUCAAAUCCGACCCAGGCCUCUUUUGGAUGUGGAUAUAAAUCGGAUAUGUAUCCGAUGUGACUGCAGUGUGGACGCUCAGGUCACGUUCAUCCGACCUUUACGUCAUCAAUAUGCAACAAAUGUCACCAUUGUUUGACAACACAAACAGGCGCGGAAGGCAAUGCCAGACAUGGGAGCAGAGAACAGGCAGUUGUGCGCAUGCAAGUCACUUCACGGGCCCAUUCUGUUCACAUUAGAUGCUGCAGAUGUUGUUGUAACGUGAAUGACCGCACAAAAAGAUCGGAUUUAACAAAAAAUCCGAAUUGUGCAUCAAAACCUGCAGUAUGAACGUAGCCUAAAUGUGAAGUGUCGCAUCAGCUUUCGCUAUCAGCAGCACAGAAAUAAGGCAAGCUGGCAGCCAUGCAUGAAAUAUUGUGCCCAGGUGUGUUUUUUUUUCAGACUGUCGUGCUUUAAUUGAGAGGACAGGACAGAAAGUAAAGGAUGAUCGGCAACAAGAAGUUGAAGUUGAGAAGAAGUUGAGAAGAGUUGAAGUUGAGUUUCUGUACAUGGGGUGCAUGAUGCUAAACUAGAAUUCAGCGUUUGUUUACUUGUCCUCCUCACUGAUCAAGUUUCUCAUAAAACGUGAGGGAAAUUUCCACCACCAAUCAGAAACUGCAGCCUUAUUUACACUGACGCUUCAAUAAAAUACUCCCAUCAGUUCCAGCUCUAAGGAUUUCCUUUUUGUAAUGUUCGUCUUUUAUACUAAAUUACAAAUCUUUUGGCUUUACACCAGACUGAACCAAGAGACCCCAAAAACACACGAAGACUAGAAAGCCUUCCAGUUCCAACAGAUGAGGAGGGAAAAGUCUCUUUUUCUUUAUUUCCUCGAAUCAUAAAUCAUUUUUGAAGAAAAUGAUUCCCUCCAGCAGACUAAUGACAUCAGCGGAGGAGGCUCCCAUUAAGCCCUGCGCGCUUUCUCACACACACACACACACACACACACACACACACGUUGGCGGUGUGUAGGUGAUGUGCGACAAACUCUCCGGGGUCUCUGCAGCUGAGUGUUAGGCGUGGGCUGCAGACUUGUCAUAAAUGCCGCUGCCUCCAGGUUGUGAAUGAAUGUCCUAGGAACGAGAAGAAGUGCUACACAAGAAGCAGCAUUUGGCAGACAGAGAGCGGCGUGUUGGUUGUAGCGUUUGGCUGCCGAUACACUAACAGAUGGGAGCCCAGUAAUGUGAAAUGGGGACCGUUUCUCAACAGCUUGCAGGCGAGUCUUCAGCGCAGCAAGUGGUUAAAACCCUCCAGAUUUUCAGUUUUAUUUCUGAUUUGCAAAGAAGGGCCUUCAAAGAGACGCAGAGGCGGCGGGGAGGGGGGUUUUAGCAGAAUUUAUAUGUGGGAUUUUUCCUCCCAUUGAUAUCCACCAUGUCACCCACUCUCUACAUAAUCUGUCAUCUCAGCCUCUUCCUUUCUAACUUGAGGACUUUACCCGCAAGCCCUCUGCAAUUAGGCUUAACCAGACACUCUCUGCUAAGCCCCCUUUUUCCUUCAGCACAGCCACCCAAAGGGCAGAUUAAUCAGACACGGAUAUUGUUCGUCCUUGCAGCUGAUGAAGGCCAUGAACAAGUCCAACGAGCACGUGCUGGCCAUGGGGGCGUGUUUCAACGACCGCGCAGACUCCCACCUGGUGUGUGUCCAGAACGAUGACGGGAACUAUCAGACGCAGGCCAUCAGCAUCCAUCACCAGCCUCGCAAAGGUGCUGACUCAGAUCCAGACUCAUCUCUCCGCCUUUUAAAGUCCUGCUUGUUUUCUAAAGAGCUUUGUGUACUUUGAAAAAAAAGUCCCUCUCCUCGCUCUCUGCCAUCAAUUCUUCUGCUCUGGCUGUUUGCCUGAAAACAAUUUGAUCUUUGUCUCGGUUUCUCUUCUCUUUCUGCAGUUACUGGAGCCUGCUUCUUUGUCUUCAGUGGUGCUUUGAAAGCCUCGUCAGGCUUCUUGGCGAAGACCAGCAUCGUGGAAGGUGAGAACUGCGAUGAAAUAAAAAAACACGCUGGCUGUAACAAAAUAAAAACACUGGAUUUAUUUUUUGAGAGUUUUGGCAGAAAUUCUGCAACAAGCGAUCAUAUUUAUUAUCACAUUUAGAGAUGGUAGUGAUUUCUCACGUCUGUGGAUGUGUUAUCCUGAUGUGUGAAAUACUGCAAACUGACAAAGAUUUCUUCAUGUCAGUGCAGAUCGUUUUAAUCAAAUACCUCGAUAUUUCUCUGGUUUAUGAUACACCUACAACCACAAAAAGUUACAUCUGCAUCUUACCCUUCAUAAACAGUGUGGGUUUUUUUUAACAGAUUGUAGAUUGUAAUAUAAUUUGCUAAAACACGGCUCACAAACACGACAAAGAGCGAGAGAAACUAACAUUUUCAGUGAGAGAAAAGUAAAAAAGGAAACAGAUGAGAUUUGUAAAUCAUUCAAAGUCUGUAUUGAAUUAUGAAAAAAGGCCAAGACAAUAGGGCUGCACGAUAUAUCCUUUGAGCAUCGUCAUUGCGAUGUUCGUGUGCAAUAGUCACAUUGCAGAGCCUGCGAUGAAGGAGGUAAAUGAAUUAAUCUAAUUUCAAGGGUAGCUGACUGAGAUACAUCGCAUGUGACUCUGCAUGUGCUGUGCAGCGAUCCACCAAUCACAUUCAUUCUUUACUCAGUCGUCAAUCAGACUAUCCUGCCAGCCAUCAAUCAAAAUCAGAGAGGAGGAAACCACGCCCCUGCACAUGGAGUGAGUUGCUGGCGCCGUCGGUGUUGUGCCGAAGAACGCAUACCUGCCGAGAAUUACUUUUGGAACAUUACUCAUCACUGUUUAGCCCAACAAAUAAGAAUUGUAUGGGUUUUAAAUUGUACAUUUCCAUGGACCGCUCUACUAUAAGCAGUGCGCGUUUCUGCGAGGUGCAGGCAAUCCUCGGCGGGCACGCGUUUCUUGGCACAACACUGGUAACAACAACACAACAACGAUUGCAAAAUGAGCAACGAACAAGAGAAAACCAUCAAAAAUGAAAAAUAAAAGCAAUGACAGUAAUCUGGAAUUAUUUUAGUUACAAGAAGGAUGAUGUCGACCAAAGUAUAACACCAAUCUGUGUGAUAACAUCCCAGCACAAUAAAAGCUAAGAAUAUCUCUAAGACAGACAGCCAUUCUACGAACAUUUACAAAAAGAGGUAAGAUCAGUGCAGGUUAACUGUCCACAAGAUUUCAACAGUGCAGCAUAACAAAGGUGAAAAUUCCUCUCCUUUUUAAUAUCACAGUAUAUAUUGCAGGGUUCAAGAAAAUUGCAAUGUUCGUUUUUUCCAAUAUCGUGCAGCCCUACAAGACAGCAUCUCAGAUACUGAAGCUGAAAAUUUUUACUGUUUUAUGUCAAAUAUUUACUCAUUCAAGGACAAGUUUCAAAACAGUGUGAGGAGGGAUAUCUUUACUUCUUCCUUGAACUAGUUUCUGUCGUGUUAAAGGUAAAUGCUGUCUCAUUCUCGACUUUUAAAGGGUUUUAGCUGCUUAAUACUUCCAGGUCUUUCUUGCUGUCAUUUCCCUUGAAUUAUACUGCAAGUAUUUUCAAACGCGGACAAGUCAGGAAGACUGCAGGCAGGCCAGCUAAGUCUCCUUCUACACAGCCUUGUUGUUGUUGUGAUCUGUGCUGAUUGUGGUUUGUUAGUCUUCUCUGUCUGGAUGUGUCUUUAAAACGUGUAUGUGUUGUUCAGCAUUAAUGAUUCCCUCCCACAUGUUAAAUCUCUGUACCAUUAAAAUUAUGAUUAGGGUUUAAAUGAUCAAAAUCCGUUCUUAUCAGCGUUUUGGACAGCAUUUUAAAGGUGCUAAAGUUCAUCACAAAUAAGGUGAGUGUGUGUCGGGUUUAUGGUUGAGGAGCUGAGGAGGUGUGGAGCUCGUUGUUUGGUGUGAAAAUAAACUACAAAGACAGCUGAACUCCACUAAACCAAUCCAUGCUGCCCCCUGGAGUUCUGAGGAGGAUCAGAGAGAGAGAGAGAGCAGAUUUACUCAAUACACCUGGUAGGAGGCUGACCAGGUACUCCCAGGUGCUGUGAAUACCUGCCCACCAGCAACCUGCAGAGGCACAAACACAGAAAACAGAAACAGGAACGCAAAAGAGCAGGAAAGCCAUCGCAAAUAUACAACUUUAUCACAGUCUCAAGUCCGAGCUGUGACUUAAUUUUAUCGUAUUAUCAGUCAUUUUAAUGUCUUUUAACUUUCCCUGCUGAAAGAUCGUUAUAUUUUCCUUGAUAAAUGUUAAAAAGCAGCUCUCCUGUGAUUACAUGUUUUACUUUUAUAGAGCUGCGGCGAUGGAAAAUAGAAAUAUCUCAAUCAAAUGAGAAGCUCUGAAGUUUGGUUUCUGAUGUUUGAAAAACUACAUUACCCAUAAUUCCACCAAGAGAAACAGUUUACCUCUGACUUGACGCAGUUUUUCAUUUCCGAAUCCUUUUUUUUUCUCGACCCUCAGACGGCGUAAUGAUCCAGAUCACAGCAGAGACCAUGGACUCUCUACGCCAAGCCCUGAGGGACAUGAAGGACUUCACCAUCACCUGUGGAAAAGCCGACCAGGAGGAGAACCAGGAGCAGGUCCACAUCCAGUGGACAGAGGACGACCACAACUUCAACAAGGGGUGAGAAAACUAGGAGAGGAGACGAGGAGAGGAGAGGGAGCCGGAGGAGAGGCUUUUAUGUCACAGACAAUUAAACCGAUCGCUUUCCAACUGCUGUGUUUACUACACUGCCAUAAAAGCUGAUUAUGCAUGCUGGGGAAGCCCUCUGGAGGGGGAGCUCAGCAGGGACCACUGAUGUGGUUUAGAGAAGGCUGAUCAGAUCUGAGGAUUUCAUUAGACAUUUUAUCAAAUACUCAAUCCAUUUAUCAGAAGAAUAUUAUCUUCAGUUUAACCCUUACUUCACCAAAGAGAGACAGAGAGAGAGAGAGGGGGGGUUUAAUGGCACCAUCAGAUCCUAAUAAACAAAGAGUUUUAAGAGUCACACUCAUCCAUUAGAAGCGUUUAUAUUUUGCCUGUUUGGCAAUGAUUCACUUAAAUGUUCUCUUCUUGUAUUUCUAACUCUCUCUAUCUAACCUGGUGGUUUUUAGACUCUGCCUUUCGGCCGCUCUGGCACACUUACAGCAGCGUUCAUCAGAGGGAGUUGGCUGAGUCCAACCUCAGCCUUUGGCCGACGGUCUCCGGCCGAGCAGCUGGCAGGUCGAUGCCUCGCUCAAGGGCACAGCGACAAAAGUCGAUGAAAGAAAUCUGUUUCAUGUGUUUUCAUCCAGAUGAAUGAAUUUACCUCAAGUCCUGAUCAGCUGCCCCCUCCGCUCCUCUUUGUCUUCUUUGAUUCUGUUUCUAAACCCUCAGUUAAUGUCGUUUUGUUUGUUUAUUGUUUGCGUUUGUGUCUUCAGUGUCAUCAGCCCCAUCGAUGGGAAAUCUAUGGAGUCCAUCACCAGCGUCAAGAUCUUCCACGGCUCUGAGUUUAAAGCCAACGGCAAAGUCAUUCGCUGGACGGAGGUACAAAACUUCUCCACCUCCUUCCUCUGUCUGUUACACCUUUACUCUGUCGCCCGUCUUCAUGUACAGUCACAAAAAAUUCAAAUAUUACAGGAGUCCAUCAGGGCGAACUGAUCUGAUCCCUUUUUUUUAACCUUUUCAAACCAAUAACAAACAGCAGGUCUUUCUUCAGGUCAUUUUCACCCUCAUGUGACUCACUGUGAAACAUAAACUACACUCUGCAUGUCUCAGGCAGCACGGAGUGAAUACUGAGAUAAACUUUGUCUCCACAACAUCACAACAUGUUGAAUAAUUGAUGUUUCAAGUGCUUUUAGUGCGGCUCCUAAAUUUUGUUGUUUACCCAGAAACUUGUCUUUCAGCUCAGUCCUGUUUUACUUCACUUCACACCAUGAAGACAAAUUUAUUUCUCACCAUUAUCUCGUAAUAAAAGCUGUAACUAACAGAUUUAUUAUCUUCAAUGUCCUUAUUUGUCUUGUUCAUCCAAAAUGCACAGAUUUGAAGUUAAGAAGCUGAAACAAGAAAGUUUCUGUUUAAAAAUGACUCAAAAAGUGAUAAAAGUCUUCUGAUUAAAUGAGUUAAACUUUUCCACUUUUCUGCGUUCAGGUGUUUUUCCUCCAGAGUGAAGAUCAGCAGAACGGUCUGAGCGACCCGGCCGACCACAGCCGGCUGACAGAGAACGUGGCGAGAGCUUUCUGCAUGGCGCUCUGUCCGCACCUGAAGCUGCUGAAGGAGGACGGCAUGGCCAAACUGGGACUGAGGGUCACUCUGGACUCAGACCAGGUAGGGGUCUUAUAAAAGAGAGAAGUGAGGGUCUGGAUUUUUGAUGAGGGAUCAGCAGAAGAUCCUAACCACUCCAAGCUACAGUCAGAAAACUCCUGUCUUUGUUUUUACAGGUGGGUUACCUGGCAGGAAGUAACGGCCAGCCUCUGCUGCCUCAGUACCUGAGCGACCUGGACAGCGCUCUCAUCCCCGUCAUCCACGGCGGGGCGUGUCAGCUGAGCGAGGGCCCCGUGGUCAUGGAGCUGGUCUUCUACAUCCUGGAGAUCAUCUCGUAGGGAGAAUUUUUGGAUCUUCGUCUCUGUUUUUAUUGUAGAUUUUUGGACCUUCAGACGUCAUCUCACAACACGGACCUCCGUCACCUUCAAUCUUCAAACCGUUUGCACUUCAGAAGAGCCCGAUAACUGUGCCGUGCCAGGCGGGGUAGCAUUCCUCAAGUCAAACCUAUGCAUCCAAAAAACAAAAAAGAAAAAAAAAACAUCGUCUGUUCUGCUCCAGAGGCAGCCUGGGGCCCGAGGGAGCUCCAAGCUGGAUAGUCUGUCAUGUGUCCAUCGUAGUGAACCUCACCUGACAGGUGCGCUCGUCUCUGGUGCUUAUUAGAGAUCCACGCAGCAGGAAUCAAACACCAGAGACACACCUGUCGGACCCCAGAGUGGCCUUACAGUGCUUUACAGGAAGACGAACCCAGGUGGAAGUUUUCAUGUCUGAUCGUAAAACAGAAAGGAGAAACCCUAGACCCAGUCUCAGCAUCCAGAGACAGAUCUACUCACAGAUUUUUCUAUACACUCUUAAUUUUUCCAGAGCACUGAGCCUGGUGUAAAUUAAUCCAGUUUUCAGACUCAGGCUAAAGUGGUUUCAUGCAGCUGUGUUAUCUAAUUUCAAAUAUUAACGGUAAAUUAUCAGGGAUGGAUGAAAAACUCAGACCUGUGACAGAACGCUGCUAAACGUUCAAGUGGUGGUAAUGUGUCGCAAGCAGAGACGGCGCAGUCUUUGGUUACAGGUCACAAGCUGUGAGACAUCAUAGCAUUGAUCUAUAAUUAUAAAUAUGUUAGUGUGAUCAAGAAAAUACAGACUAGUCCUUUAAAAUGUCACUUUUUUUUGAUUAAUCAGAAUCAGGUACGUUAGAAAAGCUGUGAAAUAACAUUAUUUCAUCUCUCUGUUUUGUAUGAUUCGUCUAAAUCUGCGAGGUAAUUAGAAACUGAGCUUAAUGAAUGUUGAGGAUUUGGUUAAGCCGACCAGACUGGACUACUUUUAGAGAGAGAUCUGCACAAACACACAGCUGGAAUCGACCUUCAUCGCUCUUUUUUCUGUUUAUCAGACACUUUAAAUCUCCUCUGAUUCAAAGAUGCGAAGACUCAGGCAUGAAUUCUUCCACCGUGGGUGAAUCUUGUUUCAUCGCCGCUGUCUGAAGCCGCUCUGGACGUCACCAACUCGUCACUGUGGCAACCAGCGGUCCUGAAGCACCCAAAACUAUCAGCAAAGGCCUCUGUGUAGCACGGAUGCUCUGAAACGAGAGGUUUGAAAACUCUGGACUGUCUCAUCUUCAAACACGUUCAAAAGGAAAUCCACAAAUCACCAGAUCAGGAGAUGGAGGAUCGAGAAGUGAGGUGUUUUUUUUUUUUUUUUUUUCAAUUAUUUUCCUUUUGCACCGAGGUGCUCAGUGCCUGCAGCAGCAAGAAAAAGAGACAACCUCUCAUCUUCACCUCUUUGAGCUUUACUCAUCAAUCACCAGAUGCUUUACGUCACAGACUGACAGACGUGUUGUACAUAUUUUUAUAGACAUUCAAAUCUCCUCCUCCUCCUCCGUUCUGCUUCUGUAGCUUCCAGAGCUCCCAAUCCCUGACUCACGAGAACGAGGCUCUGUGAAAUAAGACUACACGUUCACUCUGAAACCCUUCAGUCCUUCAGUAGACAGCUGGUUUAAAAAAAAAAAAGGUUCCAAUGCUUUAUCGAUGAACUCAAACAAUCUGUACAUAAAACUGAGGAAAAUCAGUUUUUAAUCUCAUCGAGUCAUCCUCAACAUCAUCAGAGCUUGUUUGUCCAUCAGUGGGGAAACCACUCGAGUUAUUUUGGUCUUUUUAGUCAUAAAAAGAGAAUAACUGAAGAUGUAAAGAUAUAUAUAAAGACAGUAUAUAUAUAUAUAUAUAUAAAUAUAUAAUAAAUAUCUAUAUGAGAACUGUAUUAAAUUGCAGAAGCAGUGCACUGGAUUCUAAGCCAUUAACAGGAGAGUUAAAGCGAGCGUCGGGGGAGGGCGCCCAGUCCUGGAAGUUUCGUUUUUCAGCAGCAGAAAAACCAGAGCUGUGAAGAUUCAGGGUUCCUGCACAAACUGCAGUUUGAUCGACCUGAAGCUGAAUGUAUUUCAUCUCACACUUCCUGCAACGUAUCGUCCUUCCAAAGCCCUGAAAUCACCAUCGGCCCGCUCCAGACUUUGCAGACCUGCGUAGGAACCCUGUAGACUUAUAAUGUUGUCUUCAAAAGGCCUCAACUGUUUAUUUUUUUUGUAAGCGGAUCUGGAAAAAGAUCUCCUUGCUGGGGAUUGUGCUCUCCUGCAGCAACAUGGACCUGGAAAUAAUGUAAGAAUGUAUUCCUCCUGUUUCUGUUUGUCCACCUCGGGUUAGACUAGUCACCAAAUCCACCGUGUCGUGUCCCAACACUGUACAGAAAUCAUCCAGCGUUGUUUAAUCAUACUAAAUAAAACCAGACGGGGCUACACAAACAAUCUCGACAUCACAAGUGGGAAUCAGACAAUCACACAAAAAUCUGCAGACGAGCCGACGCUUUGAGUCUAAAUUAGAGCUGUAGCUUUUCUUUGAGUUCAAUCUGACGUACUUUAGGAGCUGCUGUAGCAAAGUGACGUUAGCAGAGCAGAUUCAAAACGUUCAGGACACGCUGAACAAGAGGUCAAAGGUCACCAGAUCUGGGUUUAUUACUGUGAUCAUACCAGAGUGGGUGUAUCUCAAUCACUGUGUCUUCACUGUGUGACGUUCAUUCGCGGCGGCCGCCGUUGGUCGGUCAGCUUUUCUGUUUUUAUAAAAUCGCAGAACAAAGAGGAGACGUGAUGAUUUAUUUUUCUGACUUCUUCUUUCUGUUACCUUUUUAUUUUGGCAUUAUCUGACGUGUGCAAUAUGUCCAAAAUCCAAAAAAAAAAGAAGAAAAGGUGCAAUUUGUUUGACUGAAAAGUAGCAUUUUUUGUUUUUGUAUUGGGUUAUGAGAUGUUACUGUCAGAAAUAUAACACUGCAUGCAAACAGAAACACGCCUGAAACGGUGAAGAGACGGACUCAACUUUGCAUUUUAACAGUUUAUCUUCUUUUUGUGUGAUUGAAACUUAUAAAUCCACUUUGUCAUUGACUGGCUUUUGUUAAAAUAUUCUCUUUUUUUUUGCCGUUGAAAUGUUUGAAAAGCCAAAAAAACCCUGUACAUCGUUUUUUUUCCUCUUUACACUACAUGUCAAGAAAAGUGGUCUUUAUCAAACAAUUGUAGUAUAUGUAAAAUAAAAACUUCUACAAAACUUAAA